CUGAUCUCAUUCCCACCAAAUCCAAUACAAAAAUGAGGGAAGAGGCCAAAAAUCUUCCUACACAACACAACAUAGGAAAGACCAACAUGCUCCCCACACAUCCUUAUUCUCAUGCUAUGCCUCUCCUUCUUUCCUUGGAUCUCCUGUUCCUCCUGGUAUCUGUCCCGGCCGCCUUCGUCGCCGCACAGCCGUCGGAUGCCAACACAUGGUCGCAGCCGGACGUCACCAUCUCCUUCCGGCCCGGGGUGGCGGUGGUUAUCGGCAUCUUUGCCAUCAUGUUCUCGGUCACCUUCCUCCUGCUUGUAUAUGCCAAGUUUUGCCACUCUGCGGCCUCGGAGUUCUUCGGCACGGCGUCCGCCGGCCAUGGCGAGUUCCUCCUCCCUCAGCAUCGGUUCUCCGGCAUAGACAAGGCCGCCGUCGAGUCGCUUCCCUUAUUCCGGUUCUCGACGCUGCGCGGAGCCCGGGACGGCCUCGAGUGCGCCGUCUGCCUGUCGAGGUUCGGAGACGCGGACGUCCUCCGCCUGCUGCCGCGGUGCAAACACGCGUUCCAUGUCGACUGCGUUGACCGUUGGCUCGAGGCUCACUCCACGUGCCCGCUGUGCCGAUGCAAGGUCGACGCGGAGGACGCCGAGCUCUUCAAGUGCUCCACCAGCUCCCGCUUCCUGUUCUCCUCCGACCGCCAUGAGGACGGCCUCCCCGACCUCGAGCUGUUCAUGGAGAGACAACGCUUCGACGACGGCGACCACCGCUGCUCAUCAAGAUUCAGCAUAGGAAGCAGCUUCAGGAAGAUCAGCAGGAGCACCAAGGAGAAGGAAGAUCUCAGGACGCUGGAAGAAGGCACCAACGAUGCUCAACCCCUCCACAGAUUCAAGCACAAGAUCAUAGUCUCCGACGUCAUGUUCAAGCGCCGGUGGAGCGACGUGAACGCGUCGGAUUUGCUGUCGCUGAGUGCCGACAUGUUGGACAUGGUGUCCAGCAAAAGAUUCACCGAUCCGGACGCCAACAUGGAGCCUUUUGGAGAUGCAAUAGCUGGAGAGAGCGCAGAAGGGAAGAUCGCAACGAAUGAGAAGAUUCUGAAGAUUAAGAAGGAGAUGGAGAAGAAGAGAUUGCUCGAGAACAAAGCCAGACGAAUCAACAGCAGCAACUCAGUUGCCAUGCCGAGCAAUACUUGUGCUAACUCGAGAGAUGUGCUCUCAUCAGGGGAAAGAUCGAUGUCGGAGAUCACUAACCUCCCCAGAUUCAGGAUGAUAAGGGAUGCAGGAAGCAGUGGAUGCGCAGGGGCGAAAGAUGAGAAGCUGAGGAGGAUUUGGCUGCCGAUUGCGAGGCGGACGGUGCAGUGGUUUGCCGGCAGAGAGAGGAGAUCACAGACACAGUACAGUAGGACAAAGGAAGUUGCAAAUGUGUGAUGCAGCGUGGGUUUCAGAUUGUUUGAUCUGGUAAUGGAUAUAAUCUUAAUCACAAAUGCACAGUUAGGCUGAGUUCUUCUU